ACAAUUUUAUAUUUGUUUAUAUUCAAAGGCAUAUGCCACCUGAGGUUUAGCACUUUAAAACAAUGAUAGUUAACUCCUAAAACAGAUGCUGGUUUGUUUUAAAGGGAACUGAGUUACGUUAAUUUAUCGCGGAAAGUUCGUUUGUACAGCUCGGUGUGUAAACAACAGCGAAGGCCAACUAAAGCAUCUUUUAAGUAUACUGCCAGCUUUCUGCGUUAGAAAAAAUGGACAACACCCAGAUAACAUAUAGGCGUGAGCCUGGUAAAAGGGUGUUUGUGAACAGAAACCUGAUGCUUGAAAAAGUUGGGUUCUAUGGCUUUGAUAUGGAUUACACAUUAGCAGUGUACAAAUCGCCAGAAUACGAAUGCCUUGGUUUCGAACUCAUCAGGGAUCGUCUGGUACAUAUGGGUUACCCAGAGGACAUUAAAGCGUUUGAAUAUGACCCAACUUUUCCUGUCAGAGGCUUGUGGUUCGACACUCUCUAUGGAAACAUGCUGAAGGUGGAUGCUUUUGGCAACAUCGUGGUCUGUGUUCACGGCUUCCAGUUUGAGAAAGAUCAAAAAAAAAUUUACGAACAGUAUCCGAACAAGUUCGUUCAGAUGGACGAAAAGCGAUUCAUAAUCUUCAACACCCUCUACGACCUUCCAGUGCUGUACAUCACGGUGUGCCUGGUAGACUACUUCAGUGAACACCCUGACUACACAAGGACACCUAAAGGGGUCAAGUGUGGAGACCUGACCAUGACUUAUCACUCCAUGUACAAUGAUGUUAUGACAGCCACAAAGUGGGUUCAUAGAGCCAAAGGUCCCUUGAAGACAGAAACCUUGGCAAACCCUACAAAAUAUGUGGAACAAGAUGAGAGGCUGCCUGAUUUGUUGAACAGACUGCGAUCUGCUGGUGCCAAAGUGUUUUUAGCUACAAAUAGUGAAUUUGCAUACACAGCUAAAAUCAUGAGCUACCUCUUAGAAACUCCACCUAAGGAAAAUGAAGAAAAACGCACCUGGUUCUCAUACUUUGACUAUAUUGUUGUGGAUGCCAAAAAACCACUGUUCUUUACAGAAGGAACAAUCCUUCGACAGGUGGAUAAGGAGACAGGGCAGCCAAAAAUAGGUACCCAUACAGGACCCAUAAAAGAGGGUCACAUAUACUCAGGAGGCUCUGUGGAUGUGUUCUCGGCUGUGAUGGGGACUUACGGAUCAGAAGUCCUGUAUGUUGGAGAUCACAUAUUUGGAGACAUUCUGAAGUCCAGGAAGGCACUUGGCUGGCGCACAUUCCUAGUUGUACCUGAGCUUCUCCAUGAGCUGACAGUUUGGACAGAGAAGCAAGAGCUCUUUAAGAAUCUGGAGGAGUUUGAUACUGUUAUCAGCAAGAUGUACAGGAAUAUGGAUAUUACCAGCAGCGAUAAACCAGACAUUAGUAACUACAAGAUGGCCAUUAAGGAUACGACACAUCAAAUGGAUAUGUCGUAUGGCUUGCUUGGAAGUCUGUUCAGAAGUGGUUCCAGGCAGACCUUUUUUGCUAGUCAGGUGAUGCGCUUCGCAGACCUUUAUGCAGCAUCUUUCAUGAACUUGAUGAACUACCCUCUGACCUAUGUUUUUCGAGCACCUCCAAUGCUGAUGGCCCAUGAGUCUACAGUGGCUCAUCAUGAUCACAUUGGUACGGAUGGACAUAAGGGUGUGUUCGUCCGUAAUCGCUUAGAAUCAAUGGAUUCCACAGCAGUCUCCAACAUAUCCCUGACACGUUCACACAGCAUUGUUCGUAACCAUGCACCUUUGCCUCGCCAGAUUACACAGAUCGGAGAUGACUUCAUGGGAGAUGAGUCAUUUUCUGGCUCAGAUGAUACUGAACCUCAACAGCAAUGAGAUAAAACCACAGCAAACAGUAUCAGUUUAGUGAAGUAUAUUAUUAUGAUAUUGUAUUAUCUGCCAGGGUCAGUAGAAGAUGUUUCUUUCUUCUACUAAUGUAAACAUCUUCACUGAUGUAUUUCUUUUCCUUUUAUUUUUUUUUGUUGGAUUUACCCUAAAUUAGUGAUAUCCUUUUGUAAGCAGUGAUACAUCAUUUUCAUAUCCGAAUAUCUUUUGUUUCAAAUUUAGAUGUUUCAGAUUUGUCAUUGUGAUAAACAACUUUUUUUUUUUUUACAGUGAUAUAUUACAAGAACAAAAAGGAAAUACAUUUAUGUCAUCAUGAAAGAUUCAUAAUCGCUAUAACAUGACACAGGAUAGAUGAAGAUUUCUAGGCUAUAGUUUAAAGACCUUAAACACCAAGUUAUGGAAUAACAUGCUGAUAAGGAAGCUUACAGCCGUUAAAAAAGCAUGCUGUUUAUAGGUAAUAAGGCCAUGUGUUGUUCAACAGUAAAUCAAGAAUUUAGAAGAGGCAGAAUCUACUUCUUUUUUACUUCUUAUUCCUUUAUGCCCCCCAGUUGAGUAUAGGGCUACAACUACACUACGUCAUCAAAUCUGGCUCUUGGCAUCCCUUUCCAGUCGUCCAUAUCAUGCCAGCUGCCUCUGCCUUGAUGUGGACUGAUUUUCUCCAUGCCUGUCUGGGUCCCCCAACCCUACGCCACCCCUGAGGCUUCUACCCCAGAGCUUGUCUUGUUAAAUUGUUGGGUGGCAGGUUUUUGGUUGUAUUGGAGAUCUUCUCGGGUCAUCUGAUGCUGAGAAUGUGUCGCAGACAUCUGUUGAUGAAUGUCUGAAUCUUGUUGGUGAUGGUGUUUGUCACAUGCCAUGUCUCAGAUCCAUAGAAGACUGACUUGACAUUUGCGUUGAAGAUGCGGAUCUUGGUGUGGGGAGAUAAAGCCUUGGAGUUCCAGAUAGGUCACAGGAUGUGGAAUGCAAGCCUGGCUUUAUUUAUUCGGCUUCUUACAUCUUCAUCUGCACCUCCAUCUUUGCUAUGUUGCUAAGGUAGGUGAAACAGUCGCUGUAAUAUAUUCCCCAUGUAGUUGUAGUGGGACUUCCUGUUUGUUGUUGAUCCGCACUGCCUCAAUCUUCUUGAUGUUGAUUGUCAGGCCAGUCAUUGCUGUUUCUUCUGACAGCAAAGUGAGCUUUGUCUGGGCAUGUUGCUGCUUGUGUGACAACAGACUGAUGUCAUCCAUAAAGCUGAGAUCCUCAAGUUGCCUAGCAAAUUUCCACUGAAUGCUCAUGUUGCUGUUAGAGGUUAUUCUUCUCAUGAUCCAAGGCAGAAUCUGCACUUAUUGAAUAUUUUACAAGAAUAACAAGACCCAGGACUUGAUCAGGAUCAUAAGUUUUGAUUUUUUAAAAACAAAUUCUUCCAAGCUUGUCCCAGAGGAAAACAGUGUCAAAAGCAAUGCUUAAUAGUCUCAGUUUCCUGUAUUUCAAACUUCAUGUCCAGAUUCAGAAAAAUAAAUCCACUUGAGAGUUCGACAAUAUACUUGCUUUGUGUAUCUCUAAAGAUCUUACUCAAACAGAAACUGAUGUCAUUUUGACUGGUACUUCCCUGUUGACUGAUGGGUUAAUUUGUAGGAUGAUAUUCCUCUGGUGAAACUGUUUAUUUUAUUGUAAUUGCUUUGUUUUCUGAUACAAUUAUAAGACUCCAAAAUCAGCUAAAUAUUUUGUCAGAUUGCUAAUAACUUAGAUCUUACAAUAAACAGUCAAGUGUAGUGGUUUUCAGAAAUGGUGGUUUAGAAACGUUUGUUGUAAAAAGGACAAAUUGGUUAUAUGAUGGGAGAAAACUUGAUAUUGUUAACAUGUAUUAAUAUCUUGGCAUACUUUUGUUAUUAUGUUGGGCUUUUACUCAUGCACUUCAAGACUUUGCUUCUAAAGCUCAAAUUGGUGUUAUAUGUAUACUCGAGGCCGUGAUCUAUCCUUGAUUCUUAAAACAUUUGAUGCCCAGAUCAAGUCUGUACUGCUCUAUUGCUCAGGAGAUCUUCAGAUAAUAGCAUAAUCAAAAAUGUACAUAUGUUUGCAAUGAAUAAAUUCCUUAAUUUUUCCUGUAGGACUCCUAUGAUUUAUGGUAAAUAAGCAUAUAAACAUGUAUAUAUAUAUAUCAAUGCAUAUGUAUGAUAUAUUGCAUAAUGGCUUAAAGAAAAGUCUGUGAAAUGUAAUUUGCACUAAUGAUAAUAGGGUGACAUGGUUAAAUUAUGUGAUAAUAUUUCUUUACAAAUAUGGGUUUGGUUUUGUAUGGGAAAGUCAAGGGGUUGAAUUUGUUGAGGGUUUUUAGAAAGUUUUGAAAUUUAAGUUGAUGGUUUGUUUUCACUAAAUCUGGGUGAAAAAUCUCAACUGAGCUCCAGAUUUGCAAUAUACAGCUCCUUUAACUCUGCCAUAUCACAGACUAGCUUUCUUGUUCACAUAAAACAUACAGGUAUGAGAGAUCUGAAUUUUAUAGGCUUUAUAAACUCCUACAAGUUUUGCUUUUGCUGUGAGAAUAAUGGAAACACCAAGUGGAAUUUUUUUUUGCAUACAUGCCUUAUUUGUCAAGAAUACAUUCUUUAAAGUGUGAUUUCACAUGUUAGAGUCUGCCUUUUAGUGUCAGCUAACAAUAUGAAAAUAAACACCAGUUGAGCCAUACAGAGCAUUAGGUUUCAGAGAAAACAAUGCAGGUUGUUAAAUGGUUCAAGUGCAUCUGCUUUGUAAUCUUAUUAUUAUCCAUGUAUUUAUAUAAAUGAAAAAUCUUAGUUAUUUUUAAAUGCGAUUCUUCAAAUGUAGCUGAUAGCAUGUAUCAACACUGUCUUUUACACACAAGAGCAAACACAUGAUUUGUUAGCUUCCUAGCCUUGGUCUUUGUAUGCUGUUUCAGUUGUUUCCAUUCAGUCAAGUAUUUAUUUUAAAUUUCAGUCUAUUGAGUAUACUUUUAAGUUGCACCCACUUAAUUUUUUUUUAAUCUUUACUUUAUUCACAAAUAAGCUGCAUUGGUUUAAAAGCUGCAUGCAUGCAACUUUUUCAAUGGCCAGGUUGAUUGCCUUCAAAAGCUGCAUCAUAGACAUUUCAUCUCAUUUUUAAGAUUCAUUAACGAUGAGGGUGUGUGCUUGAUCUCAAAGCUUCAAUAGUAUGUGGCUUUGAUUUGAAAAUGUGAGCAGGUAACACUGUAAUAACAUGAGCAAUUAACAAUUUAACAUAAAGCUCAUAGAAAAAAUUAAUUGGAAUUGGAAAAAUCCGCAAACAAGCUACAUCAUUGUUUAAGCUGCAGGGUUUAAAGUUGUGGCUUAUAGUCUGAAAUUUACAGUACCUUGAUUUUAUGUGUUGUUUUCUUUAUGUCCACAGUUUGUAUACCUCAAGUCAUAUAUAAACUAGGCUGUUUCUUUUGUUGGGCUGCAGAAUGUAACUGUUGGUGCACAUCUUGCCGCCACUGUUGUUAAUGCUCGAGAGAUGGCCCAUAGUGUGGUAGAUACAUGUUUGAUCUUUGUAUGUUGUCCUUACUAUUCAACUCAGUCCAUUCAACUAUAUACUGCAGUUAAUUCUUUUUGUUAGAGGACAAAAUGUAAAUGUUUGCACAUUUCAGCUACCUCUCUUCAGUCAUGGAAGGUUCUCACUGUCAAUACACAACUUGAUAUUACAUUUUUGUAACAAUUGCAGAGAUCUGUAUUUUCUUUUUUUAUUUUCCCUGUUUUUGAACAGGAUUUGAACAUUUUUUGGUUCUUAUUCUUGACAAGAUAAUUUAAGCUUUCAUUCAUAAGAUAAAGAAAAAUGGAUAGAGGGCAAAUUAAAUGACUUGAACAAUGUGAAUAGAAAAGUUCUGUCAUAAAGGGAUUUAUAGAUCUGAUUGCAUCAGUGAUACUGCUUGUGUUCCUAUCGUAACAAACUCCAAUGAGAAAAUAUUCUUUAGAUUAAUUGAUCUGUUUCCAAUAGAGUUAUCAUAUCACAACCUCUUAUCACAUUAAGGAAUGCCUUGCUGUACUGAGGUAUGUUAUAGGUUUCAUAGAUGUUUCAUAAAUUUAAAGGAUUCAUAAAAAACAUUAUCAAGACUGAAAAACAUAAUUACUAAGACCUUAGACGACCACAUUUUGUUCAUCUUAACCCAUUUAUGCCAGAGGUUGAGAUUUUUGAAUUUGUGCUUGAAAUGCAUACAUGUGACCUACAAAUAUUUAAGGAAUAAGAAUCUGAUGAGAAAACAAAAAUGAAAAGUGAGGCAUAAAUGAGUUAAAUGACUUUUUCAUGUCUGUUGUCCUGUAUUAGAUCAAAGCAUAAGUCGGAGUAAUCACAAUGGGCUACACCUGUCAGUGCAAGGUUAAAAUUUUAAGAUAAUUUAGGUAAAACAAUAUUGCAGCAUUAUUUUAAAUAAAUAGUAAUUUGGAAAUGUUGUAUUCUAUGGCGGUGGUAUGCAAGUCGAAAGUUGAUACUAAAAGUAUACAUCAGAAUCAGAAAAAUUGCUGAUGUCACAAGUAACAUACAUAUAGACCCGACCCUUCUUAAGAAUGAUUGUUGGUUUGAAGUGUUUUGAUUUUCGACAUGCAUCAACUGAUUAUUAUCAUCAGGCAUAAAGAGAAAGCAAUUAGAAGAUGAACCAUUCUUGCAAAGGUGUUUUGUGCAAUUUGUCAGAUAUUAGGGUUUCUCCAUUUUCUUUUAAUGAGAAAAUAGUUUCCCAGUAAUAUGUAAUGUGCAACCAGUUGCUUGGCAUUUUCAUUAUUAAAAAUCCAGGACAAGGCCUUCAGGGUAAUAUAGUGCAAUGAACAGAUUUCUUUUAUGUUUACUUGUAAGACAUGAUCAGCAUAGUGGGCUGCUUGUGACAUGAGUGUGUCUUGCAGUGACCAAGUCUGUAAUGCACAGUUUGCACAGAGUUUUAGCAGGUAACCCUGUUAAAAGAACUGCACUACAAAUUGUUUCAGGGACCUUUUUUUUUUUUAACUAAAAAAUUCCAGUAUUGAGAAAUGUGUAUCUAUCUGUAUGUGCUAUUACCUACCAAUGUGAUAAUUAAAACGGAUAGCAAAGUCGUGCUUAUGGUUGCUUUAAAUAUAUUUUAAAAGAGGUUUUGAAGCUCCCACAACAUCCAUGUUUGGAUAUAUGGAGAGCAUUGUCUAUUUUUUUAGGAUUUAAAUUUUUUUUAUCCAGCUGUUAUUGGUAAAAGAUCUUAACUAAUGUUUGGUAAUUACCACAUCCUGAACACUGUGCUGGAACUUGUUUUUCUGCUAUGCAGAACAAGUCCAAGCUUAACUGGCUACUUGUUAAGAAUUUGCUGUUCUUGUUGUUUGCAGUCUCUAUGGGUCCACAUACAAGUUUACUGUUGUUACCAAGAUGGCAGUUUUGCUGUCUCAUCUUAGUUCCUGUACUUUCAAACUACUUUGAUCAAAUGGCAUAUCAAAAUGUCAAGUGUGCUUUUACUGUGUUAGCAAAAGUGGUUUGUAUAUGUGACUAAUCCAUUUGCAUCCAAGCAUAUUGUGCUUCAUUUACAUGUUGUCACAGUUGUGACUUUUUAAGAUUGAAGUUUUCAAGGUCAGCCUUCAUACUUACAGCCUGUGCAGUUCUGCAUUCAGGUACAUUUGGCUUGAAUCACCAUGGACUACAGAUCUGCUUAUUUUUCAACAUACAAGGUACAGUGGAGAUGCAUUAACAUUAUUUUGAUGGGCUAUGGUUAUUCUGAGGAUUGAGCAUGCUUUUAAUAUUCGUAUCAAUUCAGAGUUGCUGCUGCUACCUGACAAAUGGUCCAACAAGCCAAGAUAACCCCUAACACUGUACUGACCUGAAGUUGUAGAGACUUUUUACAUUUUGCAAGUUUAGAUAUUGUUUAAAGUGGUCAGCAGCACUCCAAAAUGGUUGGCAGUAACAAAAGCAUUUGAAAUGUUUUGCAAUCCUAAUUCAUUAAUAUAGAGAUGCAAUUUUAGGGGAAAAUGUAAUGCUUGAAAUUAACAUUUAAGGUAAUAUAUACUUCUUUGACUUUGCUGGGAGAUAGUGCAUUUUAUUGAUGUUGGGUUUCCAGUUAUUCUUCUAUGUAAAGCAAGUGGACCAUAUGUAAAUGUUACCAGGUACUUUCCUAUGUUUCUAAAUAUUUAAAAGCUAAAAAUCAGUGUAGUCUUCAGGUGUAUAGUCUUCUUCCUCCAAGCUUUGUGUGUUUGUUAGCUGGUAAUAAUAAUAAUAAAAAAAAAAUCAGGCGGCA